AUGAUAGGUCUAAACCAGCUACUGGCUGUCAAGCCGGCGCCGCUUUUAGGAGCGCUAACGGCAGCGAUAUUUUUCGCUUUCUACGGGCACCCCCGCUACUUUCUUCAAGGUAUACAACACCUACCGGAAGAGCAUACAAUUACACGCGCAAAGGCCCAGUUACCCUACCCAGCGGAUGCUUUUCCUGGAGGAAGGCGAGUUCAGACAGUAUACGGAACAAUUCAGGUGUUUGAAUGGGGACCCGAACAUGGCGAGAAGGUCUUGUUGGUGCACGGUCUGGGCACUCCAUGCAUUGCCCUGGGGAAUAUGGCAAAGGAGUUUGUGCGUAGGGGCUACCGGGUGAUGAUGUUCGACCUCUUCGGUAGAGGCUAUUCAGAAACGCCGAAUGAUCUCCCACAUGAUGCUCGGCUCUACACUACGCAGGUUCUGCUAGUUCUCUCAUCUUCCCCGCUCGCCUGGACGGGGUCAUCCGCCUUCCAUAUCAUAGGAUUCUCCCUCGGCGGCUCGAUCGCGGUCGCAUUUGCCGCUUACCACGCAACCAUGCUUCGUUCAAUAACUCUCAUCUGUCCGGGAGGACUAAUCCGCACAUCGCAUAUCAGCCGCCGAAGUCAGGUCCUCUACUCAUCUAGUUUCAUCCCAGAGUGGCUACGCCUCCGACUCCUUCGUCGCGACCUGGAACCGAGCAACGGCGCUCCAAGUGCAGAUGUCCCCGAUGGAACCCAGGACGCAGAUGUUGACUUCGACGCAGUGCCGAUUGCGGCGGAUCGACCGCAGGUGAGGAUCGGUGACGUGAUCCGAUGGCAGCUCCGCGCCAAUCCGGGAUUUGUACCAUCGUAUUUAAGUACCAUCCUAGGUUCUUUGGUCUAUAGGCGCUAUGACCGAAUAUGGAAAGUCCUGAGAGACGAACUGGCGCGUCGUCGAACAGCAGAUGCACCACCCGGUCUACCGUGUGGACAUGAAUUUCUCGAGGAUAUGGAAGGGCUUCUCUGUCGCGAGGAUGUUGACUUGCACGUCAUGAAGGGUGGCCAUGAGAUUGGCGUGUUGCGAGGCAAGGACGUGGCAUCCAUAGCUGUAGAAUCUUGGAAAUAG